UAAUAUAAUAAAUAGUAAUAAGGUUGAUGUUGUGUUAUAAAAAUAGGGCUCUGCAGAAUUCAAGGACCCUUCAAAUAAGAGUAGAAGUCAUCAUAUUCCUUCCGAUCCCCUGCCUGCUUUCUCUGCUUCAGCUUCUAUUUACAUUCAUACCUCAGCUUUCCUUCCCUUCCCCGUUCCACAGGCACUUAUGCAUACAUAUUCUCUAUUCUUUAUAUUGAUCACAAUUUGAUUCUGGUUGGGGAGGGUGCGAAAAUGUGGAGGCUGAAGAUAGGAGAAGGUGGAAAGGACCCAUACCUAUUCAGCACCAACAACUUUGUGGGCAGGCAGACAUGGGAGUAUGACCCCGACGCAGGAACUCCCGAGGAGCGGGAGCAGGUUGAGGCUGCUCGCCACCAUUUCUAUCAGAACCGCUUCAACGUCAAGCCCUGCGGCGACCUCCUUUGGCGUUUUCAGAUUCUGAGGGAAAAGAAUUUUAAACAAAGAAUAGAGUGUGUGAGGAUAGAAGAUGGGGAAGAGAUCAGUUACGAGAAGGCCACAGCAGCAAUGAGAAGGGGAGCACAUCAUCUUUCCGCAUUGCAGACGAGUCAUGGCCAUUGGCCUGCUCAAAUUGCGGGUCCACUCUUUUUCCUUCCUCCCUUGGUGUUUUGUAUGUACAUUACAGGACAGCUUGAAUCGGUUUUCCCAGAAGAGCACCGGAAAGAGAUUCUUCGGUACAUAUACUAUCACCAGAACGAAGAUGGAGGGUGGGGGCUACACAUAGAGGGUCACAGCACCAUGUUCUGCACUGCACUCAACUACAUAUGCAUGCGAAUUCUGGGAGAAGGCCCCGAUGGGGGUGAAGACAAUGCCUGCGCCAGAGCAAGGAAGUGGAUUCAUGAUCACGGCAGUGUAACACACAUACCUUCGUGGGGAAAGACUUGGCUUUCGAUACUGGGCCUCUUUGAAUGGUGCGGAACCAAUCCAAUGCCCCCUGAGUUUUGGCUCCUUCCUUCCUUUCUUCCUAUGCAUCCAGCAAAGAUGUGGUGCUACUGUCGCUUGGUAUACAUGCCUAUGUCAUACUUAUACGGUAAGAGGUUUGUGGGGCCCAUCACGCCCCUCAUCCUCCAGUUGAGGCAGGAGCUCUACGGCCAGCCUCCUUAUGAGAAGGUUGAUUGGAAGAAAGCCCGACACCAAUGCGCCAAGGAAGAUCUCUACUAUCCGCAUCCUCUCAUACAGGACCUCAUAUGGGAUAGCCUCUACAUAUUCACGGAGCCGCUUCUCACGCGCUGGCCCUUUAAUAAACUGGUGAGAGAGAGGGCCCUCCAAGUCACAAUGAAGCACAUCCACUACGAAGACGAGAACAGCCGAUACAUAACCAUUGGCUGCGUCGAGAAGGUCUUGUGCAUGCUAGCUUGCUGGGUGGAAGAUCCAGACGGAGACGCUUUCAAGAAGCAUCUUGCAAGGGUCCCGGAUUACCUUUGGGUCUCGGAGGAUGGAAUUACCAUGCAGAGCUUUGGCAGCCAGGAGUGGGAUGCUGGCUUUGCUGUUCAGGCCCUCCUUGCUGCUAACCUCCUCGAUGAACUUGCUCCCGCUCUUGCUAAAGCCCAUGAUUUCAUCAAGAAGUCUCAGGUUAGGGACAACCCUUCAGGAGAUUUUAAGAGUAUGCAUCGUCACAUUUCCAAAGGCGCCUGGACCUUUUCUGAUCAAGACCAUGGAUGGCAAGUUUCUGAUUGUACUGCAGAAGGUUUGAAGUGUUGUCUGCUUUUAUCGAUGUUGCCACCGGAGCUUGUGGGGGAAAAGAUGGAACCAGAAAGAUUAUAUGAUUCAGUCAAUCUUCUAUUGUCGCUUCAGAGUAAGAAAGGUGGUUUAGCAGCAUGGGAGCCACCAGGAGCUCAAGACUGGUUGGAAUUACUGAAUCCGACAGAAUUUUUUGCGGACAUUGUAGUGGAGCACGAAUAUGUAGAGUGCACUGGAUCAGCUAUUCAGGCUUUGGUGUUGUUCAAGAAGCUAUAUCCAGGGCACAGAAAGAAAGAGAUCGACAACUUCAUCGCUAACGCAGUUCGUUUCCUUGAAGAUACACAAACAGCGGAUGGUUCUUGGUAUGGAAACUGGGGAGUUUGCUUCACUUACGGAACGUGGUUUGCACUGGGAGGCCUCGCUGCAGCAGGCAAGACCUACGGCAACUGCGCUGCCAUUCGCAGAGCCGUCAACUUUCUACUCACAACCCAGAGGAACGACGGUGGCUGGGGGGAGAGUUAUCUUUCAAGCCCCCAAAAGAUAUACGUACCUCUGGAAGGAAGUCGAUCAAAUGUGGUUCACACGGCAUGGGCUUUGAUGGGCCUUAUUCAUGCCGGGCAGGCAGAGAGAGACGCAAGGCCUCUCCACAGGGCAGCAAAGUUGAUCAUCAACUCCCAGUUGGAAGAGGGGGAUUGGCCCCAGCAGGAGAUCACGGGAGUCUUCAUGAAGAACUGCAUGUUGCAUUACCCAAUGUAUAGAGAUAUCUAUCCCUUGUGGGCUCUCGCUGAAUAUCGCAAGCGGGUUCCCUUGCCUUAAUUCCAUUACUUACUCAUUUUACUCAAUCAAUCACAUUUACCACAAACCCCAUAUCAAUAAACACCCACGCUUAAUUAUUGUUAUAAAUUUAUAAUCAUAUUCAUUCCUCUAUGAUCUA